AAAUUGUAUCUAUUUCCACAAAUAGUAUAGAAAAGUGUUCAACGAUAAAAACUGAACUUAAGUAAAAAACGAAACGAAAAAUAUUACAAAAAUAAAAAUUAUAAUAAAAGGAAGAAUAAAACGCACGCGAAAAAAAGGAUACUAACCCCCCACAUAUCAACACACACACACGUGUUCUAAAAAAAACAUUGGAAGUCUUAAAAAGAAAAAUUAAAAAAAAAUGGAACGUCAUCGGACAUUGGAUUCAUCAAUGUCAUCCCUGUAUUCGGGUUCAAAUGUUUCACAAACACCCUCACGUCAACUGGAGCCAUCUAACUAUCAUUAUCCCACAUCAUCGACAGCACCAUCACCCACUCCCAGUGGAGCUGGUGGUGGACAAUUGAUGCCUUCGAAUCAUAAUAAUGAUACUUUGGGCAGUGGUGUUAGUACAACAUCGCAGAGUUUACGCGCCACUACUAUAGGAACAGUAGUAGUGCGUUGCGGUCCCAUACAGUUGGUUAUUGCUCUGUUGCAAGUAAGUUAAUAAAACAUAUUAACAUUUU